CUCUCGCAGGUGUCACGUCCAGGUUCUUUCCUUAACUCAGAGUCAGUGAGGUGAUUCACACAAACGCUAAAAGACUUCCCUUCCCAGUUUCCCGGAUAAGGCGUCAUUCUGGGCUUCUGUGGAAAGUUUCUAAAGUUUUACUUGUUGGACGCUGAGGAGCGAAGAAAGGAGGGAGCUCUGUGAGCUUCCAGAGGCACUGCUGCGCUCUUCACACGGAUCAGUCCGGCUCCGAGCUCCGGGAUGGCGGCCGUGAAGGCUCUGCAGCAGUGGUGCCGGAUCCAGUGUGAGGGCUACCGGGAUGUCUCCAUCACCAACAUGACCACGUCCUUCAGGGACGGACUGGCUUUCUGCGCCCUCAUCCACAAACACAGACCCGAUCUCAUCAAAUUUGAUUCGCUGAAGAAGGACGAUGUCUAUGAGAACAACAAGCUGGCGUUCAGUGUUGCAGAAGAACAACUGGGAAUUCCAGCACUGCUGGAUGCAGAAGACAUGGUGGCACUUAAGAUUCCUGACCGCCUCAGCAUCCUGACUUAUGUCUCCCAAUACUACAACUACUUCCACGGACGCUCCCCGAUCGGUGGAAUGGCGGGUAUAAAGCGUCCAGCCGACGGCCCCAGCGAUGAGCCGUCAGGGAAGAAGAACCAGGCGGUGACGUCUAAGGUGUUUCCCUCUUCUAAGCCUGCCAUUGAGAACAGCCCUCCCCCAUCCUCCAACAUCACAAAGCCACUUCCUUCCCCAAAUCAAAACAAAACUUCAACACAGGAGGUUGUGGUUGGAAAAUCUCAGGCAGGCACCCUGAGUAGCACAUGUGCAUCCUGUCAUAAGCAUGUUCACCUGGUGCAGCGACAUCUAGUGGAUGGGAAGCUUUAUCACAGGAACUGUGCAAAGUUGCUGUCAUCUGCAAACACAAGCACGCCUCUUCAAGAUUUGACCCCAAACUCCUAUGUUUCCAAAUUCACUCCUCUUAAAGACUCGAGUAAACACAGUACACCUGCUCCUACUUACACAUCCUCCAGUCUGAGUCCUUCAUGGGUGUCGGAGAAACCCACCACUCCCAAGUCCACUUCUGCGUCCCCAGCCCCCUGGGCUGCAUCAUCUAACUCUUCGGCCAGACCCGCAGCUUCACGUGACACUACUACCAUUGUGACCCCAUCUAUCAAUACCAGGCCGGCUGAAACUCCUCGACCCUCGGCAACCACUGCCAAGACACUCCAGUCCAAGCUCAAGUUCUUCCAGGAAGAUAACACGGCAAAGGUGGAGGAGAAAAAGACUUCAACCUUCAAUGUGGACAUAAACAAAGGCCAGAGUGUUGGUGGUAAGGCACAACAGGCCACGGCAGGGAAAGCUGUUACUGUGGUCAUAAAUGUCGGUGGUACUGGAAAAAAAGAGGUAAAUGAAAGUUUGGACAAAGGUGGGAAUACAGCUAAAACAACUGGCACUGGCUGGAAGGUGAAACAGGAAGAUGAGAGUAAUAAGUCAAAAGCAUCAGCAGCAGCCUUCAUCUCCAAAAAACUGUCUGAGGAAAACAACAAUAACAACAAAAAGCAAUCGUGGGCGACGACAGUACUAAAUAAAACUGAGAAAUCUCAACCUAAAGUCGAGACACCAAAGAAGGAGAAAGAGGGAGUUGGAGGGAAGGUGAAGCUGAAAGUGAACCCAUCGAUCCUGUCUGACCUGCAGUUUGAAGACACCACGAACUCCUCUGAGAGCCCGGGCAGUCAGAGCGGGCUCAAGGCCAAGACUGCAGACAGGGCACCCUUGAAGACGGGCAGCACAUUACCCAACACAUCAGCAGUGAAGGAGACUGAGACUCCUGCAGACUGGAGGUCGAAGCUCAAGCCCGUCUCCAAAGAAACCAAGCCUGCUGGCCCUUCCACUAAACCAGGGUCUAAUGAGGCUCCGAAGACCUCAGAGAUUUCUGCGAGGCCUUCCUCUCAGUUUCCCAGCCUGAGUAUUUCUGUCACGCCACCGACAUCAAAGGGGUUACAAGAGGGUCUGAAAGGGCAAACAAAGAAUGGCACCAAGUCAGAGACAAAGAAGAUGAAGCCAGACUACAUUCCCAAAGAGGACAUCACGAAGGAGCUUGAGGAGAUUGAACAGAAUUUAAACGAGCUGGAAAAGAGGGGAGUCGAUCUGGAGGUGAAGCUGCGCAAAUGCGAAGAAGAGGGUGACGAUGACACUCUCACGGAUGAGCUCAUGGUUGAGUGGUUUGGUCUGAUCAGGAACAAACAGUUGGCCAUGCGCCGGGAGUCUGAACUGGUCUACAUUGGAAGAACCCAGGAGCUGGAGGAAGAGCAGCCCACUGUUGAGCAAGAGCUCAGGAGGCUGAUGGAAAAACCAGAACAUCUGAAAACAUCCUGGGACAGGAAGAAAGAACAGCAGCUGAUGAAGAAACUGGUGGCGAUUGUCAACGAUAGAAACGCUAUCGUGGAGGGUCUGGAUGAGGACAGACUCAGGGAGGAAGAGGAGGACGAGCAGCUAAACAAGAUGAUGCUGGAUUUCAAAAAAAAAGGGGAGGCGAAAGGAAAGCUGUGCCUUGGCCUGGAUCUCCGCUACCGAGGUGGCCGGGCAUCCCAGGGGGGCUGUGGCUCUGGGUCUGACCUGGAGAACGUUCUAGAUCUGUGA